AUGCCCCGCACUCGGUGCGCCCUCCGCGGACCGGGCGACCUAGUGUGCAGCAAGAGCGGUGCUCUCUGUCCCGCUGACCCCGCGCCGAGCCCGGGCGGCUCGUGCCGCGGCCGCACACCGCGCCACGCGUCGAGAGCGCAGGCCCCGAAGGCCCGCAGCACUGACAGCAUGAGCCGUACGGCCUACACUGUGGGAGCCCUGCUUCUCCUCUUGGGGACCCUGCUGCCGGCUGCCGAAGGGAAAAAGAAGGGGUCCCAAGGGGCCAUCCCCCCGCCAGACAAGGCCCAGCACAAUGACUCCGAGCAGACUCAGUCUCCCCAGCAGCCUGGCUCCAGGAACCGGGGGCGGGGCCAGGGGCGGGGCACUGCCGUGCCCGGGGAGGAAGUGCUGGAGUCCAGCCAGGAGGCCCUGCAUGUGACCGAGCGCAAAUACCUGAAGCGAGACUGGUGCAAAACCCAGCCGCUGAAGCAGACCAUCCACGAGGAGGGCUGCAACAGCCGCACCAUCAUCAACCGUUUCUGCUACGGCCAGUGCAACUCCUUCUACAUCCCCAGGCACAUCCGGAAGGAGGAAGGCUCUUUUCAGUCUUGUUCCUUCUGCAAGCCCAAGAAGUUCACCACCAUGAUGGUCACGCUCAACUGCCCUGAACUACAGCCACCCACCAAGAAGAAGAGGGUCACUCGUGUCAAGCAGUGUCGUUGCAUAUCCAUCGAUUUGGAUUAAGCUGGGCCUACCCAGCCCGUCCUUGGGGUGUGGCCCCCAGGCGGGCCCAGAACCAGACCUAAAUCAACCUGAUUCUUACUUGGCUUAAAUCUAGAGGCAAGACGAACCACCAGCUGCCUUCUGCCAGGAGCCCGCUAGUGCGUAGUUUGUGUGCAUGAGUGUGCAUGGGUCCCUGUGGGUGUUUGCAGACACCAGAGGAAACACAGUCUCUGCUAGAGGGCACUUCCUAUUAUGUAAACGUAUCUGCUUCCGUGUGGGAUGGUACAGAAAGCCCACGCCACCUGAGGCACAUUUGGAGGGGCAGGGUUGUGGUCUGGUUCUGCCUGGGUCUUCCAUGUGCCCUCCUGGGGACCAGAACCUCCCUUCAGAAUGAAUAUUAACGGAAGAGGCUACUCUGAGGGCAAGAGACCUGUUUUAGUGCUGCCUUGGCCUUAGAAAGGAUAUUUCAACCUGUGCUUGCUUUCCCCCUUCCUCUUCCCUGUCAGUCCAUCCCUUCUUAGGAUCUCAGUGACUAUUUCCUUCGAAUCCCCUACCUGCCAGAGGUUCUCAAGUAGCUCGCUUGACCACAGAUGCAGAUGUUUCCUAUUUGGGGAAGACCUUUCAGACUCUGGGGGAGGCUGGUAGGGCAGGAAGGUUAGAGGAUUGAGAGAAGGGAGAGGUCGCAGGUGAGGACCAGCUGGCCCAGCAAAAUUUAGGAGGGAGAUGUGCAGAGCCUGGAAAGGCCAACCCCCCAAACAUGGUGAGACCCAUGCUUUAGCAAGUUUUUUCCUGGUAUUUAAAGAAUCCAAGGAAACAGAGGAGAAAUGAAAUUGCCCCCCAAAAUCAUUAACUCUGUGAGUCACUGUGACUGUCGAAAUUAGCUGUAACCCAAUACCAAACUUAAAACAUAAAUAUUGACCACUCCUAUUUUCAGAAGCAAGUGAGUGAACGAAAGCAAAACAGCCCCUCCUGCUUUGCCCCGCAGAUGGACAAAAGAUGUAGUUCAGAAAAAACAGCCCCCCCAUAGGAAUAGGAAAAAGACAAAAACCUUAUAAGCAGAAGGUCUUAUUAUCUUUCCUUUUGGCUGGGGUAUAAUCACCUCUUUCCCAGUUCCUUAUUCCUGUGUCAUGUUUCUGAGAGCCACAACCCUGUAUUGUAAAGAUUCUGCCUCUGCUGAAUGUACCUGACAGUGAAAGACCAGGCUAAGAUAAGAGAGUUUAGGCCUGCUCCUUUUUAGAAGGAAGUAUAUUUGGGGUCUUUUUGUUUUAGCCAUCUAUAAGAGAUUGAGCUGGAGAGCAGAGGAGAGUAAGGAAAGGAAGGAGAUUGCCUCUGGCUAAGGAGUAGUCAAAAGUCAGGGAGGACAUGUAAGGGAUACACCAGCCCUUCUUCCUUUGCCCUUGAAGGGUCUAAUGGGAACCCCCAGUUAAGAAAUCAGAGUAUUUGUGUGCAUUAGCUGUCCUGCAGCUGGUAGGAUUUAUGUAACAUUGUAACCAUUUGGAAACUACUGUUCCCUGAUUAAACAUAGGUUAUUUGCAAUGCGUAUUUAGUAUUUAUCUGAUGGCCAAAGCACAGGGUGGGUGAACCUUCCUGCAUUUUGGAUUUGGACAACUUGCUCUCUUCAAGCCUGAGGUUUUAUAUGUAAACCACCCCCACCCCCGAUACUCUUUUUGCCUUGCAUCCUCUCAGUCUCACCAGCCAAGUCAUGUGUAACAUGGGAAACAAACACCAUAGACUUGUGUUUCAGUUGCCCAUGAAGGCUCCAGCAUUCAAAGAACCAAUGCAACUAAAGGGGCUGCUUUUAUUUUAUUUUUGUUUUGGUCCAGUGCUCUCCCUACUAACAAAUAAAUAGGAACCAUACUUUGAGGCAGAAGUCAUCUUGAACACCCGAAAUAUUGGGUCUAGUUUUAAAACUUUGAAAUUCACUACUGAUGAUUCUACACUAGGUGAAUUUGUGCAAACACAUAGUCUGUACAUGUCACGUACACCGUAUGCCCCUGCCCUAAAUCCUUGUAUCGUCCAUGUCCUCCCAACAAUAAAAUACAGAAUGGAUUUAAUUAAGCAUGCAAAUGCUAAGCUAGAAUUUUGAGGGUGGGGGAGAGGAAAAGAAAGGGGAAGGAGCUGAAAAUAUAAAACCACACUAGAGAGGAAGAAUGACGCUCAGAACCAGCAGACACUGAAUCUCUCUUGUUCUAACUCUGCCACAAGCAUGCAGUUUUGUUAAAAAGAGAUGACUUCAGUUGGCAGCAGGAAUCUUCUUUUAGUAGCUUGUACCACAGUCUUGCAUGUAAGUUGGAUUUGGCUUAAGUAAAGAGAAUUUCCUCAAAAUGAGCUUCACUGGGAUAAUCAGCAGCAUAACUGCCCUAAAAGCACAGCACUAGCCAAAGAGGGAAAUGUCUGCUUUUCUUAUUGUGCCUACAUUAAGACUAGCCCAAGUCCCGUGUGUCUUCCAACAUUUAUUGAAAGUGCCAUAUCUGUCACAUAUUGUAUUGGAGUCACCGAUGAUGUAAUGAUAUGUUUUUUUCAUUACUAUAGUAGAAUUUUUUAUGGCAAGAUAUUUGUGAUCUAGAUCUUUCCUAUUAAAAUAAUGCCAAACACCAAAUAUG